GGAUUUGAACUUGCAGCUGAGCAGUGGCUGAGAGCUGGAGGAGGUCUGAGCUGCACCCCAAGACUCCACGACCCGCUGUGUGGAGAAAGUCCGAAAGUGAUAAACUGGACCGGAGGCAGCUGGAUUUUCUAACUUUCUUUUUUUCUGGUAGCAUUUGCAAGUGCUGUGCGAGUCUAAAGCAGCAGACGCUGGAAACAAGUCACCUAUCGUGUGGAGAUGGUCCCAAACACUCUCACACACCUGCUCUGCCUGCUGUGUGUGUGCUCUGCUCGUCCUCCACCAGCACCGCCACACUCAGUGAGGAUGGAGAGGGACUUGCGCGCAGCCGGCUCCCUGGCGGGCCGCGUGGUGCUGCCGUGUCACUUCUCCAUGAUGCCGGCUUCUCCCAGCAGCUUGACUCACUCUACUGCGCCUGGACCGCUCCCCCCCGCCGACGCUCCUGACGCCCUGAGUCCCGAUGAGCAGCUGAGAAUAAAGUGGACAAAGCUGGAGGAAGACGGGGAGAAGGUGGUGCUGGUGGCCCAGGCAGGGGUGGUCAAGGUGGGGCCGGAGUACAGGAGCAGGGUGUCGGUGGCCAGCCACCCACUGUCAGUCGGGGACGCCUCUCUGCUGAUAGUGAGACUCAGGGCCAGCGACGCAGGGCUUUAUCGCUGUGAGGUGAUGCAUGGCAUGGAGGAUACCCAAGACACUGUCAGCCUCCAGGUCACCGGUGUCGUAUUCCACUACAGAGCCAACACCAGCCGCUACACCCUGGAUUUCCCCGGAGCUGUGGAGGCCUGUCGCUCUGUAGAUGGCUCCAUAGCUUCACCUGAACAGCUGACCGCUGCUUUUGAGGAUGGCUUUGACCAUUGUGACGCCGGCUGGCUCGCUGACCAGUCAGUCGGAUAUCCAAUCACCGUGCCCCGUCCUGGCUGUGCAGGUAAUCUGAUGAGCAAGCCAGGAGUGAGAACAUACGGCAUCCGACUCCCCACAGAGAAAUAUGACGUGUACUGCUUCGUUGAUAAACUACAUGGCGAGGUCUUCUUCCCCCCAUCUAUCAGCGGUAAACUCACCUUGCAGCAGGCGAGGGAGGCGUGCGUAAACCACGGCGCUGUGUUGGCGUCGCCUGGUCAGCUGUUUGCGGCCUGGAGGGCGGGCCUGAACAGAUGUGACUACGGUUGGCUGUCUGACGGCAGCGUUCGCUACCCCGUCACCAUGCCCAGGUUUCAGUGUGGAGGGGGCCUGCUGGGCGUUCGCACGCUUUACAAGUACGAGAACCAAACUGGCUACCCAGACCCAUCAGACAAGCACGGAGCUUUCUGCUUCAAGGCUGAACUGCCAGAGCCGACUUCGCUGAGUCCAGCGACGACCCGAGCUGUGUACAAACCUGACGGCCCCACGUACAAACCCCGCACUACAACACUGUUCCCACUGUCAGACCAUGCAAAAGCUGAGAUUCAAACAAGUAGACCAGAGCUGGCUGCGUACUCGCCCACAGAGAGGCCACACACAACCUCACCAGACCGACACAGAGCCCCGCACACCACCACCUCAGUGACCCCCACUACCAUCUUCGACGACUACGAGGUUCCACAUUUUGACAUUAACAAGGUAGAGUCAGUGCCAGUUAGAGGAGACGUUUUGGUCCCCAUGGAGCUCCCUCCCUUACCGACCACCCGCUCUCAGAUCGCACACCUUGAUGUCUACGAAGGGGGGGAGGAGGGGGGCCAGACAGGGUCGGGACAAGGUGAGAGCGGUGGCAGUGGUCAUGGAGGCAGUGGUGACAUCAGUUCUGGUGGGGUGACCCUAACUCAGGUGUGGGCAGAAACCGCAUCAACACCGAGUCAGCUGCUAGAGUCGAGCAUGGGGCCGAAGCUGGGCAUUGAGACCACAUCGGAGCUUCCACAGAUCACUCCAUGGCAUGUUGGCCCAGACGUCCUCACCCCAGAGCCCAGCCUCCCAGAGGUCCUCACCCCAGUGUCCGGCCUCCCAGAGGUCCUCACCCCAAGGCCCGGCCUGCCAGAGGUCCUCACCCCAAGGCCUGGCCUGCCAGACGUCCUCACCCCAGAGCCCAGCCUCCCAGAGGUCCUCACCCCAGUGUCCGGCCUCCCAGAGGUCCUCACCCCAAGGCCCGGCCUGCCAGAGGUCCUCACCCCAAGGCCCGGCUUCCCAGAGGUCCUCACCUCAGAGCCCGGCCUCCCAGAGGUCCUCACCCCAAGGCCCGGCCUCCAAGAGGUCCUCACCCCAGAGCCCGACCACGCAGAGGUCCUCACCCCAAGGCCCAGCCUCCCAGAGGUCCUCACCUCAGAGCCCAGCCACCCAGAGGUCCUCACCCCAGAGCCCGACCUCGCAGAGGUCCUCACCUCAAGGCCCAGCCUCCCAGAGGUCCUCACCUCAGAGCCCGGCGUCCCAGAGGUCCUCACCUCAAGGCCCAGCCUCCCAGAGGUCCUCACCACAGAGCCCGGCCUCGCAGAGGUCCUCACCCCAAGGCCCAGCCUCCCAGAGGUCCUCACCCCAGAGCCCGGCGUCCCAGAAGUCCUCACCCCAAGGCCCAGCCUCCCAGAAGUCCUCACCCCAAGGCCCAGCCUCCCAGAGGUCCUCACCCCAGAGCCCAGCCUCCCGGUCGGGAGUGGAGAUGAUGGGUUACAACAUCCUGCGGUGGUUUUCAAAGAGGAUGUCACCCCUGGAGCCACGCACCAAUUUGACCUCGACCAAUCGCUGGCUAUUCCUACUGAAGGUGGAGAGUCAUCGGCAAAACCCCCGUUCCAUCUCAUCAUCGUCAACGUGCACAACCAGAAUCAGUCAGUUGACCACAUCCUGGACAUCUUGAACCAGCCUGGCAACAGCAUCGCCGGCUCCCAGUUCCUGUUCCCCCAAAUCCCAGACCUCUCAGAUGUGACCAGUGAAGCCAUCCAGGGCAGUGGGGAUGCCGAUUCUCUCGAGCCCUCACCCAUCAACCUGCCUCGAACUGUCAGCUUUGUCAAUGGGAAACACGAGGUAACAUUUGAGCAGGAGCAACCAGAGGAAGCGAGAGGGGAUCAGUUUGAGACAGCUACUCCUCUUCGGGUGGAAGACGUGGAAGUGGAGGGGGAAAGCGUGACUCCUUUUGACUACGGUAUCAUCGAAGUCCAUACGGAGGAGACACAGGCAGAGGAAACUCAUGACGCAGUCUCUCAUCCUGAAGAUACGUACCCAGAUGUCAGAACCACCUCAAUCCCCCCUUAUACACACCUUGUCCCCUCACCACCGUCUACCACACCUUCAGGACCAGUCCUCCCUGGUGUCUCCCAGCCUGUCACUGAUGUGGUCUCUGCCUGCAACGACGCAGGAGGUUCUGCAAACUGUGGCACUGACGGUGCUACGCAGAAGGCCUCUGCACACGAUGCUUUGCCCACACCAGCGGCAGACAGCCAGUUUGGCAUGACUGAUGAAGCCGAAAUUGGGGGGACCGAGUUUCCUACUUUUAUCCCAGACAAGCAGUCACAAGAUACCACCACACAGACCCAGACUGAAGACUUCGAAGGGUCUGCCUCUGGGGAAGACGAAGCUUCAGGGCAAGACCCGCCAGAGAUGCCCAGGCUUAUCAGCACACAACCAACAAUAUAUUCCACCUUCCCCAGCCAGCAGCCUCAAACUGCCACAGGUACCCACGUCACAGAGGUCCCCGCUGUUUUACCAGCUGUUGACCCAGUUACAGUCACGGGCUCAGGUGUGGAGCAGCUGUCCGGAGAGGGGGAGGUUUCUGGGGACCGGAGCGAUCUGCUUGACCUUCCUGGAGAGGCUGCGGUUACUGUUUUACCAGAUGUGGCAGCUAUUUCGGAGCGAACCACUCUUCCCACACACAUCAUGGACGCAACUCCAGAACCCGGCACAUCAAACCCGUCCACACAUCGCUCCCUCGCUGCCACAGACAAUAAGAAACAUCCUGCUGUUACCACCGAGCCUGCACCCACAACCUCCAAUGGCCACACCACACUCCCCACCAAGCCUCACAGAGACCGGGCUGAGCAGUCCACCGCAGGCUCCGCUAAGUUUGUAAGCCAGCCAAUUAUUUCCACCACUUCACCCGUGUACACUUUCGACCAAAACACCCACUCCGUCCCCCAGUGGGCACUGUUCCCCGACCCGGCUGCCACCCCUCUCCCAGAGGAGGAUUUUGUUGACUAUGACAGAGAGAUUGUCCCUUCUCUGGUGGAGUCAGUUCCUCAGAUACCAGAAGAGACCGUGGCCACAGAAGAACCACAGGCUUCUGUGGAGGCCGUCUCUGUGAACGUCAGAGAUCUCCUGCCGUGCUCGGCCAGCGUGUGUCAGAACGGAGGCACCUGCUACAGGAGGGGAGAGCAGAAUAUGUGCACGUGUGCACCUGGAUACACUGGGCAGCACUGUGAAACCGAUGUUGACGAGUGCCAGUCCAACCCGUGUCUGAACGGGGCCACCUGUCUGGACGGAGUCGACUCCUUCACCUGCCUCUGCCUGCCCAGCUACUCGGGAGAGCUCUGCGAACAAGACAUCGAGGUGUGUGGAUUUGGCUGGCAGAAGUUUCAGUCACACUGCUACAAGUACGUCACACACCGACGUACCUGGGACGCCGCUGAGAGGGAGUGUCGGAUGCACGGCGCCCACCUGGCCAGCAUCCUGUCACACGAGGAGCAACUGUUCGUCAAUCGUCUAGGUAGCGAUUACCAGUGGAUUGGCCUGAACGACAAGAUGUUUGAGAGGGACUUCAGAUGGACGGAUGGCCGGCCAAUGCAAUAUGACCACUGGAGACCGAACCAGCCGGACAGCUUCUUCCAGUCGGGCGAGGACUGUGUGGUGAUGAUUUGGCACGAGGGGGGACAGUGGAACGACGUGCCCUGCAACUAUCACCUGACCUUCACCUGCAAAAAGGGAACAGUGUCAUGUGGGCAGCCUCCUGUGGUGAAGGAUACUCGAGUGUUUGGGACCAUGAAGCCUCGAUACGAGGUCAACUCCCUGCUCCGCUAUCACUGUAAACAGGGCUUCAUCCAGAGACACAGCCCCACUAUACGCUGCUGUGCCAACGGACAAUGGGACAUGCCCAAAGUCACCUGCACAAGCCCCGCAACGUACCACAAAUCAUUUGCGCUCCACCACCGUGACAACGAGGACAGCGAGCGACAAAACAGGCACCGAGACCAUCACAUUCAUCGCACCGGGAGUCAUCAGAAGCCCAGUCGAAACCACGAGCAACAGCAGAUUGACAGCUUCGUGCAGAGCCUCUGGAACCCUCUCCGGAAUCAAGUCCAGCAGCUGCCGAGGGAGAAGAGGGAAGCUCAGGCACAGACACACAAUGAAGAUCGGAUGAGACACUGAUUUGCUUUGUGGGUUUUUUUUAAAAUUUAGCUUCGCAGCGGCAGCCAAUCACAGCAGGCUGGCAGAGGCAUCGAUAGACAGAUCGAGCGAUGUUCUGAACUGUCUAUCGAUGGCUCUGAAAUGGACGGGGAGGAUGUUCCGUCAGUGCAUUAUCCACAAACACUCCAGGAUCUGAACUGUGAUACUAGUGCCGUAUUGGUUUCACCGUGUGGUGAACUCAAUAGUCCAACACCGCACAGGUGGUCUGUGAAACUCCUGUGUGUCAUCUGAAUUUGAUUCUGUGUUUAUUUUCUCUUGGCCCAACAGCCAAUCUGAACACACUGUGUUAACUCAGUGCCUUGUGUAAUCUUGAAAUCUUACUUUAAAGGUACCCUGUGGGGCUCAAGUUCUCCACGUGGACUACAGCGAAUAACAACCACACACGUGGUGUCGGCAGCUGUCUGUGUAUGCGUCUUCAGGGGGGUAAACUUGAGGCUUAAAAGCUGUAAUAUAUAAACAGGAAAAAUAUCUUUCAAUUGGCCAAAAUAAGAGGUGAAAGAGGGUCUUACUUAUAUCUCUGUAGUCUUAUAUCUCUGCUGUAGAGGGAGGGUUCUCGCAUAUAUCCAAGGACACAUCCACACAGUCUGUUGACAGGUCUUUCCUACUACAUGAUGAAGUCACUCGAGUCGGCAUCGGUUUCGAGCUGAAGACUACAAGUCUGACAAAGAAAAAGCUUACCAAACCUCUGGGGGUCUUGCUCCUCACCUCUGCUUGACACUAGCAGCUCUUAAUAACCGUUACCAGCGUAACACCCGCCAAAAUCUUCAACCAAAGUGUUUGCGGUCGGGUUGCAUUGUGGGUAAUGUAGGAUUUCAGAACGAGGAAGAAUGUGUGUGAACCAUCCAGCGUGACUCCAGCAAUAGAUUGGUUUCGAUCCAAAUGAAGUGCACGCUUCGACUGAAUUUGGAGGAAAUCUCCAAACGAAAAUGCUAAAUAUUCGCUCCACACACAUAUCUGGUGAUUUCCUCAUCAGCGCUUAUUUACAGCACUGACGUACAUGGUACGAAGGUCGAUGGAAACCCGGCUGCAGUCAGAGAAGUGCAAACCCAGAGCUGCAAAGUUUUUCCUCGCCGUUCCGGUAGACAAGCUCCCAGAAAGUGGCCCACUGAUAUCUGCAGCUGUGUGUCUGCAACUCUUGCCUCUUUGUUGGUGCAAUUUUCCAAUUUCUGUCUGUUUGUCAGCAGACUGCCGUGAGACCCGUAGGGACGAGACGCUAGCAAAACAGGAAGCCCACUCUCGAAAGCAGUUUGGUCCAUGGUGAUACUAGCGGUCGGAAAAUUUCCACAAGGUACCUUUAAUGUUGGGAAGACAUAAUUGGCGAAGACCAAAAAACACGAUAAUCACAGAAUCAUUUAUGGUUCAUUGUUAAACGAGCUAGUCCAGUAGUUUUGCGGGUUGAGAUAAUGCCAUUGACAGAUUAUAGAAAGCAUGAAUUCAUCACUUUAAAUUAUUAUCACAGAAAAUGGUCCGUUAGUCUAGUUUUGGCUUUGCUGUUUACUAUGACCCAUUUUUCUUUUUUCACUGGUUCAUCUCCCUUGUGGGUUUUUGUACAAAAUAUUUUACAUAGAAAAAGUUUUUAAAAGAGACAGGGGAGAUUUAAUGAGUGGCACACGGAGCUAAGGAGAGGACGGCAUGAAUGUGUGGCGUGUGCUCUGGCUGUGGCUAUUAAUCAUAGGAUAUAUAAUAUAGAUACUAUAUGAAGCCAUAUAUGAAUUUAACUUAUUGUAUACUUUAAAAACUUUGAAUGGACUGUGAUAUUAAAUGAAGGUCAUUGGAGCCAAGGUCAUUCGGUUGAUGGUGACUUCCUUGCUGUUUACUGUCAUGUUGUUUCUCACAGAGAGAAACUUUUGAUCAUUAGCUUGCUGCCAUUUGCUUCUCGUUGUGCUCAAAAUCCACCCGACGAAUUCACCACCGGGUGUUUCUUUUGAAUAGUUUUCGACGUUGUCGGGGUGGGGGUGUUCGAAGUGUUCUCCGCUUCAUGUAGUGUUAUUUUCCGCUACAGAAAAGUUUUAACUCAAGUGAUAAGGGAAUGUGAAAAAGCCGCAUAGAGACAACUUCUACGUCCUCCACGAGAUUUGUCAUUUUUCUUCUUCCAUGUUACUCUUAUAUUUUUCUUUUUUAUAUAUUGUUUUUCAAUGUAUAUGAAUUUGUCCGGGAAAAAAAGCCUUUUUCUACUCCGUGUGGUUAAUGGGGUUUACUGUGUCUGUGGCACAAGAGCUUAUUUUUUAAUGUAAUCACCGUUUCUUUCUCUAUUCAAUUUGCUGUUAUUGUCAGCUGUGUGUGCAAUAAUACAAACUCAUAACACAAA